CCUAUGUUGGUAUAGGUUUUAGAUUUAGAAUUUAUAAUACCUGGAAAAGCUUAUAGUACAAUGUCAGAUAAUAUAGGAAGAUCAAGGAUUCAACUCAAUUCCUUCGAUGAGGAGGGGCACAGAUGGAUCAGGAGAGAGAUACAAGUCCAUGCGGAUCAAAUCGCUUCAAAAAAAUUCCUUGAAUUUGCUCGACUGUUUUUGGGGAUUCCAGACAGAAUCAUUGACCAAAUCUUGCGGCAAAGUCUUACCAAGGAGGAUUUAUACCAAAUGAUGAAACCUUUAUUUGAUACAAAUAGCGGACGGUUCAUAGCAACCGUGAGAAAAUAUAAAGCAAGAAUCAAAUCUGAAACAUAUCUAAAAAUGGAUCGACGCAUCAGGCAGGAUAGGAAUGAGAUUCCAGAAAAUCUUCUUGUCGAGAUUAUAUACGGGCUCAUCGAAGCGAUUCCAAUAAGGGAUAGGCGUAAUUUCGCAGAAAAUGAAAUUGGAGUUCGCAAUAUAGAGUACAGAGACAUUCGAAAUGUGCAGAUUACCAGGGAUCUGAAACUGCAUUUCCUGGAAUGGUGGUGGGAAAACAUAGGGCAAUCGAAACAAAACUCCCUGGCAGAGCUUAAAAAGAAGGCGGAGGAUGGUGGCUACCUGAAACGUCAAAAUGACGUUUUGGAAAAGUAUUUUGGAAGAAGCAACGUCAGCAACCGAUGAACAUUUAUUUCCGGGAACUCUCCAUCCCUCCCUUGUACAUAUGCUUUUAAAAAUUAUUCAACUUUUACUCAAAUCAAUCAAAUGUAUAUACAGGUCCGCAGCCAGAACCAUCGGUGAUUUUGAUGAAAUAACCCCUUUUUAAAUCGCGAGCAGUAUUAGCGUCUUUUUAGGUCUUCAGAAAUUUUGGAAAGAGGAGGUUUAGACCCUGAACCGCCACGCCCCUCCCUGGCUGCAGCACCAGGGUUGGUUUCUAUUGUCUAAUGAUAUGAUAUGAAACAAAUAGACAUAUAAUUUAACGUAAUGACUUCUCCUUUUAUUCGUCAUUCAGCAAUUAUUUGUGAUUUUGUUCAAUUACGGCCACAGCAGAAUCUCCUGCAUUGCAUAGAUUGGGCAUAGCAAAUGGGAUAACCAUUGCUAUUUUGGAGUCCAUGAUUCACUUUUAGUAAACGAUCACUCCAGCAAAAAUGAAUUUGAAUGCACAUACUGGCAGACAACAUGAGACUUGCUUAUAACAAUUUGUCCCAAAACGCAGUGGGACACAUUCAGUUGAGAACCACAGCUGUAUGUGUCAUACAAUGAGACAAUUUUUAAUUGAGUUGUACAGUUUAUUAUGUCAUUCGAUAUAAAUUGAAUCCUUACCAUAAUUUGAAUUUCAAACAGACUAUAUAUAUUCCAGUGAUUCAAGAGUGUUGCUGCACACUAACAUAUUUACUGCACUUUUGUCUGAUCCAGACAUUUUAAUAGCUGAAUGCUUGUCUGAAACGAUGAAGAAAUGCAUUUGUGUUAAUGAGCUGCAAUACCCUUAAAUCAACUAAAAUAGUCAUCUUUAUACUUGCUUAGUCAUCCUUUUAUGAAGUCAUCCUUUUGCAAAAGCCCAGAGCAAGAAAAGAUAAUAAGUCUUGCUCAACGCCAACUGAUAGACUGUAUAUUCAAAAAAAUUAUGAAUUCCCAUAAUAUACCAGAACUUACAUGGCUGAAAAUAUUAUGGCAAAGCACUAUUUUGUUCCCAAAGUGUUCAAUUAAUGAACACAGACAGUAUGGCCAAAUUGACCCAGACGUCUAACAAAUUCAUGUGUAUUUGUAUAUUUUUAAAAUAACUGGGAUAAAACGUCUGUCUACGGGUAGUAGUGACUACCAGUAGUUUUGUGCUCAAUAAUUUUUUUUUGGAUCAAAUAUAACAUUUUAAUGUAAAGUC